GCGCCUUUGUACUUUUGCUUCAUUCUCUUCGCUCGUCUAAUGCCAUCUUCCACUGUAGCGAGACUACUAGAUCGGGUGGCGCUGUUGUUCACAGCUUACACUCGGGACCCGGCACAUCCGCAAGGUUGCGCCAGAAUGCUCUGCGCCUGCAUCCACAUCAUGGACGGACAUGAACUCAACGAGCCUUUCGCGCCGGACAUACACUACCGCACUCCUCAAACCCAGUCAUACCUAUACAUCCGCAUGGCACAUCAUGGAUAUCUGACCGCGUGUGCGAAGUUUGUGAGCUUGCCGCGUUCAGAAGAGGAGAUGAGAAGGCUCAGGACCGACGUCUUCACAUGCGAGUGCUCUUUGCCGGAGAACGAAGACGCAAGACGUUUAGUCCAACGCCUACAUACGUUCGGGACCGCUCGUGCUCAGUUUGAGCUCGACGACCUCGUCCAUGCGCUUGUUCGCCACCUCGCUGGAAUUCUGAAUCAUGCUGUGAUGUCGCAGUCCGUUGGUGGCAUGACUGCUGUGGGAUACAUCACCGAGAAUCACGUCAAGUCCGUCAUGGUACGCCCUUGGCCCGUGGAUACCAUCACCCAGGUCGUACCGCACGGUCUUCGACAAUCGAUGGAGGGGUAUGCAGCCUCGUUAAGCUUGUCCCUUCGGAGGCGGCCCCACGAAGCUCUUCUUCUCUUCAGCACUCUUCUUGCCAUCUGCGGUUCCCCCAUCAUCCUCCCGGUUCUCACUCUACAUCCUGACUGGACAUCGAGAGUUGUCGACAUCGCCGAAUCUCUCAUUGACGAGCGCACCGCGAUGGUCGGGAAAUCUGUCGACGCGGGUACCGAGGAAAGCUGGAAGGAUACGUUCAUGCUUCUCGUGGAGUGUGCUGGAGACUUUUCGGAUACCCGUUACUUGGAUGAAGGGGAGUUGAAUCUGCUCGCCCGCGUGGAGACCGUGGCAGACGCGGAUGAAGAGCCAAAAGAAAGCCGUAGCCUUCUCUCCGUAUGCGACCGCCUCCUCAGACAUUUACCCUGCUUCCUCGACGGAAGCAAUGUCUUUACCCAAGGCGACAUGGCCAGCUUUACUCAAGUCCUCACCAUCCACGGCGCCGCGUUCUAUGCACACCGCCUACCCCACGAAUGCCUGGCCGUCUGCCCGCAGAUCCUUGACUACUACAAUCAGGAACGGAACACUGCCAGUGCUGCGGAUCCCUCCACCCUGGCCUUUCACUCUAUCGAUUGGGCUUCCACAAUGCGGUGUUGCUCCGCGCCCGAGUGCCACGAGACGUUUGUGACUGUGGGAAGGCGGCUCGCCCGGUGCGCGGGCUGUGGCUUGUUGCGCUUCUGCUCGCGCGCAUGCCAGAAGAAGGCGUGGAAGCACGCGAAGCUCCCGCACAAGGCUGUGUGCAAGAAAUUGCGUGUACUACUGGAGGGGAUGGAUUUUUUUGAGCACGCGGAAGACGCUGAUUGUGGCCUACAGUCGUUCGUAGACGCGUGCGAGGAGGACGAAGAACUUGGUGAGCUUGCGCUAGACUGCGCCGGCCAUAUGUAUGACUUGAUGGCCGAGCAACACGACAUCCGUGAAGCUUAUAUGGCAGAGGCGUAUCGAGAGAUGCAGAAGAGAUCGUUGAGCAGAGGCGAUUCUUGAAGCUGCAGCGGAUCGAACUGGACUGCAUCAUGUCUGCUUGGAGUGGACUCUCCUCAGCACAGCAUGUCUUUCCCCGGUUAUAUUCUUUACAAUGUACAUUGCUGUGACGAUGCUCACGUAUAACACAGCCUCAGACCCUACUACUCUCAUUCUAUGUAAACCAAGUUACGCGUUCGGAUUGUAUUUCAUUCGGUUGAUGAACUAGUAAUUUCAAACUGCC